AUGCCCGUUCCCUGCCAGCAGAGCCCGGUGCUGGCAGGCAGCGCCACUUUGGCCGCUCUGGGGGCACUGGUCCUGUACCUCGCGAAGCCCUCCGGCUACGGGAAGUACUCGGAGAGCCUGAUGCCCGCCGCCACCCGCCUGUCCGCGCGCGCCGCCUGGUUCCUGCAGGAGCUGCCCUCCUUCGCGGUGCCCGCGGGGAUCCUCGUCCGGCAGCCGCGCUCGCUCUUCGGCCAGCCGGCGACGGUGCUCCUGGGCCUCUUCUGCGCACAUUACUUCCACAGGACCUUUGUUUACUCAUUGCUCACUAGAGGGAGGCCUUUCCCAGUUGCGUUUCUUGUCAGAGGAUUUGUCUUCUGCACGGGAAAUGGACUGCUCCAAGCCUACUAUCUGAUUUACUGUGCUGAAUACCCUGCUGAGUGGUACACAGACGUACGGUUUAGCCUGGGUGUCUUCUUAUUUAUUUUGGGAAUGGGAAUCAACAUUCAUAGUGACUAUAUAUUGCGCCAGCUCAGGAAGCCCGGAGAAGUCAUCUAUAGGAUUCCGCAAGGUGGCUUGUUUACGUAUGUUUCCGGAGCCAAUUUCCUAGGUGAGGUCAUUGAAUGGACGGGCUAUGCCCUGGCCACUUGGUCCCUCCCAGCACUUGCGUUUGCGUUUUUCUCACUUUGUUUCCUGGGGCUGCGAGCUUUCCACCACCACAGGUUCUACCUCAAGAUGUUUGAGGACUAUCCCAAAUCUCGGAAGGCCCUCAUUCCAUUUAUUUUUUGA